AUGCAUAUCCCGGAGCCAGUUGUUUCUAUGUCAAUCAAGCCAGUGAAUAGGAAGGAUGGGGACAAUUUUAUCAAAGCCUUAACCCGUUUUACGAAAGAAGAUCCUACUUUCCGUAAACACUACAAUGCAGAAGCAAAAGAAACAAUUGUUUCUGGCAUGGGAGAGCUUCAUUUAGAAAUCUAUUCUCAACGAAUGAAAAAUGAGUUCAAUUGUCCUGUUCAGCUUGGAAAGCCUACUGUUGCUUAUCGUGAAAGUAUUGCGAGACCUUACAAGUUCCACUAUCGGCACAAGAAGCAAACCGGAGGUCAGGGUCAAUUUGGAGAAAUCGGUGGAAUCAUUGAUCCUCUCCCUGCAGAAAAGUAA